UUUUGCUUGUGUGGGACAUCUCUUCCCACAAACAUCUUUGUCAUUUUAAGGAUGAAAUAACAGAAAGACAGUCUGAUGCUGCUUCCAUACAGACGGCUGCCUUGACUUUAUCUGGAUAUACACAGAGAGGUAUUGUCUCCUUACAUAAAGAACAUAUGAUGGUAAACAGUGAGGUAAAUUUAGACUUCUGUGGAGGUGUAAGAGAUGUGACAUUCACAGAAGAAAUGGCGCUUAAAGGACUUCUUUAAUUGUCGGUAAUGUCAGUGAAGACUUGUUAUCCGUGGGGAAGACGCAGAGAGGAGGAGCAGGAGCGUCUGCACGAGGAGGCAGGACCGUCAAAGAGGCGGGAAGACAAGGAAAAGGAAUGUAUGCAGCAGCUCUCACAGUGUCCAGCAUGCAACCAGGGGCGUGAUGUUGUCCUGAUCCUGCCCUGCUCACACACCAUGUGUGGUCCCUGCAUUACAGCUGCAGAGGGAGCAAGGUCAGGUCAGCAUCACAGUGUCAGUCAACCUGUCUGCUCCGUGCUGUGUCCCCGCUGUCAACACCCCGUGGAGCUGCCGUGCCGGUCCUGGUCAUCUGCAACUUCAAGUCUGCCAAAACAUCCAACCCUGAGUCCUGCAUGUGUGAGCAGGGAGACUGGAAGCAGGGAGGGGGAGUCUGGAGAUCCUCUGCAGUGUGUGCAGGUGGACGCACGCUGCCAUGAUGUCUGUGACGUGACAGAACAGAGCGGUGUGCACGAGCCAGGCUCCAGUUCCACUGAACCACCAGAGGAUGGCGCUGUAGACCUGCGAGAGGAGGAGAUGGAGCAGUCAGUCUAUGGACUUUGUUUUUCUCUGGACCCUUCGACUGCACCUCCCUCCCUCCAUCUUUCCAACUCCUCGCUCACUGUUGCCUACAAAGAGGACAGCCCUCCUGGUCCACCUCGAGACCCAAUGGUCAGGAGAUCCCUCUCCUUAGACCCCCCUGGGAUCCUUGUCCCCCUGGUCUGUGCGGAUGUGGUGAUCAGACGAGGACAGUAUUACUGGGAGGUGGACGUCUGUAACAGCUCCGUCUACAGGAUCGGUAAGAUCUGUGAUAAGUUUGUUUGUAUCCUCCAGACUGUUAGUCAGCAGGACUGUGCUGGUUUCACGAGACCACAUCACCAGACUCUCCGGGUCACAGUGCCACGGUGCGGUAACACCAUAGACCUCUUUGUGAAGUUACCAGAACAAUUUGCUCCGAUGGAAACACAAAGCGGCCCCUCUGUGAAAAUCAAGAUAAAUGUGUUUUUAAAAGCAUCUGUGAUCAAGGGGAGUCACACCGAAGAACUUUGUGUGAGCGCAGUGGACGCCUCUUGCGGCUGGUGGCUGGACAGACAUGGCCCUUCUUUUUAUGCCGUGUACGAUGGGAGCCUGGAGCCGCUCUGCACAGUCCCGCCCCAGAUCAAAACCCUCGGGGUCUUCCUCAACAUUGGUGGGGGAGUCCUGAGCUUCCACAACUCUCUGACUCAGGAGCAUCUAGCCACGCUUUCUACACGCUUCCACCGAGCUGGAGUGCGCCCUGCUCUGGGCCUACGUCAGGGUCGACUGAGGGUGCGCUGUGGCCUCCCCCCUCCUGCUCAUGUGUUCCUCAGUAAGGACUCCACCUACAGGGGGCCUCGUGGAGCUGGUGGAGGUAGGUGGCAAAGGGAGCUUCCCUUCCACUCAGUCAGGAAAGUGAUACAGAAGUUUGAGGAGCUGGCCGUGUCGGACUCAGACUCUGGUCUGGUAUCCAGUUUUGGAUCGUCCUGCUCCACCUUGGUUUCCCUUCCAGAUCUGGGGAUUCCUGGGAUGUUCCCCUCUGGGCCAGCAGGACAGGAAACUGCAGCUGAAUAA